CAAUGGCAACGGAGGAUGAAAAAACUGGGUACUCCCUCCAUCACCUGCGUGAAGAGGUCCUCUCCCUUUGACUGUAUCCAGGCCAUUGCGAAAAAUAAGGCAGAUGCUGUGACCCUGGAUGGUGGUUGGGUGUUUGAGGCAGGCCUGGACCCCUACAAACUGCGGCCGGUAGCGGCGGAGGUCUAUGGGACGGAAGAGCAGCCCCAAACCCACUAUUAUGCCGUGGCCAUAGCGAAGAAGGGCAGCAACUUCCAGCUGAACCAGCUACAGGGCCGGAGGUCCUGCCACACGGGCUUUGGCAGGUCCGCCGGGUGGAACAUCCCUAUGGGGAUACUUCGCCCGUUCCUGAACUGGACAGGGCCACCUGAGCCCCUCCAGCAGGCUGUGGCCAAAUUCUUCUCUGCCAGCUGUGUUCCCUGCGUGGAUGGAAAAGAGUACCCCAACCUCUGUGAACUGUGCAGAGGGACAGGGCAAAAUCAAUGUGCCUGCUCCUCCCAGGAACCAUAUUUUGGCUAUGCUGGUGCCUUCAAGUGUCUGCAAGAUGGGGCUGGAGAGGUGGCUUUUGUCAGAAACAGCACAGUGUUUGAGAUCCUGCCAGAGAAGGCUGACAGGGACCAGUAUGAGCUGCUCUGCCCAGACAAUACUCGGAAGCCAGUGGAUGCAUUCAAGGAGUGCCACCUAGCCCGGGUCCCUUCUCAUGCUGUUGUGGCCCGAAGUGUGGAUGGCAAGGAGGACUUGAUCUGGGAGCUUCUCCGCAAGUCACAGGAGAGUUUUGGAAAUAGACCACUAAAGGGGUUCCAGCUCUUUGCCUCUCCUCGUGAGCAGAAAGACCUGCUGUUCAAAGACUCUGCCAUCGGGUUUUUGAGGAUCCCCUCGAAGAUAGAUUCUGGGCUGUACCUGGGCUUCCGCUACCUCACCGCUGUGAAGGGCCUGAGGGAAACUGCGGCGGAGCUGGAGGCGCGGCGCGCGCGGGUCGUGUGGUGCGCGGUGGGCCCCGAGGAGUGGCGCAAGUGCUGGCAGUGGAGCAUCCAGAGCGGCGGGGAAGUGAGCUGUGCCACGGCCUCCAGCGCCGAGGACUGCAUCGCCCUGGUGCUGAAAGGAGAAGCUGAUGCCCUGAGCUUGGAUGGAGGAUAUAUCUACACGGCGGGCAAGUGUGGUUUGGUGCCUGUCCUGGCAGAGAGCCAAAAAUCCUCCAAAAGCAGUGUCCAAGAUUGUGUGAACAGACCAGUGGAAGGGUAUCUUGCCGUGGCAGUUGUCAAGAAGGCAAAUGAUGAGCUCACCUGGAAUUCUCUGAGAGGCAAGAAGUCCUGCCACACCGCUGUGGACAGGACAGCAGGCUGGAACAUCCCGAUGGGCCUGAUCGCCAACCAGACAGGCUCCUGCAAAUUUGAUGAAUUCUUUAGUCAAAGCUGUGCCCCUGGGGCUGACCCGAAAUCCAGUCUCUGUGCACUGUGUGUUGGCAGUGAGCAGAACACGGACAAGUGUGCGCCCAACAGUAAGGAGAGGUACUAUGGCUACACCGGGGCUUUCAGGUGCCUAGCUGAGGACGCUGGGGACGUUGCGUUUGUGAAAGAUGUCACUGUCUUGGAGAACACUAAUGGAGGGAACACUGCAGACUGGGCUAGGGCACUGGAUCAGGAGGACUUCAGGCUGCUGUGUCUCAAUGGCACCAGGAAGCCUGUGACGGAGGCUAAGAGCUGCUACCUGGCUGUGGCCCCAAGUCACGCUGUGGUAUCUCGGGGUGCUGAUGCAGCGCGCGUGGAACAGGUGCUGCUUCUCCAGCAGGCUCAGUUUGGAACAUAUGGAAGCGAGUGCCCGGCCAAGUUUUGCUUGUUUCAGUCUGAAACCAAAAACCUUCUGUUCAAUGACAACACUGAGUGUCUGGCCAAACUCGAAGGCAAAACAACGUAUGAAAAGUAUUUGGGAGCAGAGUAUGUCACGGCCAUCGCUAACCUGAAAAAAUGCUCAACCUCCCCCCUCCUGGAAGCCUGCGCCUUUCUGUCGAGGUAAAACCCGAAAAGAAGCUGCCCCACCUCCCCCGGGGGCCUCAGCUCUGCCUCCCCCAGGGGCCUCAGCUCCUCCCUGCUCCCGGUCCGGAUCCUCCU